UUGCACCCUCUAUACAAAACUCUACACAAACCCUAGCAACCCACAUAUCUCUCUCUUUCUCUCUCUCUCUCUCUCUCUCUCUCUCUAAGAAGGGGGGAGAUGGAGAGUCAGAAAGGGAGGGUGCUGGAGAGCGCGCUGCUACCGCUGAGCAUGGUAGUGAUCCAAAUCCUGGUUAUGGGGAUGCUGAUCCUAUCGAAGAUCGUGAUGAACAACGGGAUGCAGCCCUACGUGCUCCUCGGUUAUCGCAACAUUAUUGGCGCCAUAUUCGUCGCGCCGUUCGCCUUUUUCUUCGAGAGGGAGAUGGGAAAGAAGUUGAACAUGUCAUCCUUGGUGUGGAUUUUCAUCAACGCUACUUUGGCGAUCAGCAUGGCUCUGGGUUUGUACUACUAUGGCUUGAGAGAUACAAAUGCUGCAUAUUCUGUCAAUUUCCUGAACUUGAUCCCAAUUGUUACCUUCAUUAUUGCUGUUAUCCUCAGAUUGGAGAGGAUGAGACUAAGGAGCACUGCAGGAAAGGUGAAGGUGCUUGGCACUCUUCUGUGUGUGGGAGGAACCAUGAUUGUGAGCUUGUAUAAGGGCAAGGCAUUGCAUCUGUGGCCUACUCAUUUGCUUAAGUUGCAUCAUGGAGCAAAAGGAGCUGAGGAUCACCACCAUUGGCUGAGGGGGACCUUAUUCUUGGUUUGUAGUUGUUUGAGCUAUGCCUUCUGGUUCAUAACACAGGUUAAAUUGUUUAAAAUAUUUCCCUCCAAAUACUGGGCAACAAUGCUGACAUGUGUGGCAGGAUCUUUGGAAACAGUAGUGAUUGGGAUAAUCAUUGAUAGAGAGAAGUCUGCAUGGAUGUUAAAAUGGGAUCUUCAGCUACUUACAAUUGUGUACUCUGGAGUGUUUAACACAGGUUUAACAUUUUGCUUAAUUCUAUGGGCUGUAGCGCGACGCGGUCCAACAUAUCCAUCAAUGUUCAACUCCUUAUCAGUGAUCUUUACGAUGAUUGCAGAUUCAGUAUUAUUGGGAACAAAUAUCACUGUCGGAAGUUUAUUGGGCACAUUUGUUAUAAUUGGUGGGUUAUAUGCAUUCCUGUGGGGAAAAGGAAAUGAAGCUAAAGUGGAUGGCACCAAAGUUGCAGGUAGUGAUGAAACUCAAACUGCUUUAGAUGUAAAUGAUGAUAAAUAAAUAAAACAUCCAAUAUUUGAAUGUGGGCUUAUUUGGAGAAAAGAAAUGUAAUGUGUUAAUUAACUCUUUUGAAA